AUGUGGACAUUGUGGCUAAACGCUGGCUUUGACCUCCUACAUCGAACACUUGAUUUUGAUAUCGCUAAUUGGUCAGUGCAUCUCGGUUUUGGAGAUUCAAUCCCUUUAGUACCUGGAAUUUAUUAUUGUUGCCAAGGAGUUUUUGGCGGUGGGUAUGGCUGCAACCUUUACACCGCCGCACUCCUCUUUACUGUGCUAGACAUUAACGUCCAGAACAUUAAGGUCAACUCCGAGAUUCUAAAAAAACAUUGUUACGGGGAUGGGAACUGUGUCGAUUUCGACGUAGUGGACGAUCCUCGCUAUUUUAGUCAAGCAUCCGAACUGCUAGGUCUGAAUGUGGAAUCUGCUUUGAGAAUUGCCAACUACCCCAAAUGGAAACGGUCCAAGGACAGACUACGUACAACGAACGCAGUCUUGUUUAGAAGCACUACUGGUACGCACAUUGCAAUCGAUUUGGAAGAGAGAUCCUCUUGGUCUUUUUUAAGAGAGAUCGCAGCAUCUAAAAAAAGUAUACCUAAUGUUGUUUUUGAACCUAGGUGGAUGUCAUACAGCUUUGAAAAAUACCCAUUUGGUUCUGUUUCGAGAUCUGUUGGACAAGAUGAAGAAUACCGCGUAGCUCUGGCAGAGAAACUAGCAGAUUUUGUGUUGAAUCACGGCCGCUUUGCUUAUCAUAUUGAUCCUAAUGGAUAUUUAGAUGAUAAUGGCGUGGACAUUCCUGGCACGUUUGUGUUCAAUUCUGUUCUGUCUCCUGUUGUUAGCUAA